AUGGCCUCCUCAUCCACCUCCACCCCCCUCCUCUACUCCUGCAUAUCCUACUCCUCCACCCUCCUAACCGAAUCCUCCACCUCCUCCUCCCCCAACCUCCCCCAACUAGCAACCCUCAUCCUCCCCAAAAUCGACCACUCCACCCCCCAAAAGCUAACCUACACCCACGGAACCUACCACAUCAACUACAUCUCCGAGUCCCCCCUCCCCCUCACGUUCCUCGUGAUCUCCGACUCGUCCUCCGUAUCCCGACGCAUCUCGUUCAACUACCUCACCGCGAUCCGAACUAAAUUCCUCGCCGCCUACCCCCCUCAAUCAACCGACCUCGCCACCCUCCCAAACUACGGCUGCGCCUCUCUGAACUCUGACCUAAAGAGGCUCAUGAUCGAGUACGGCACCAACAAUGUGAGAGGAGAAGACAACGCCGAGCAGGACGACGCCAUUCGUACCGCCCAGAGGGAGAUCGAGGAUGUGAGGGGCAUCAUGACGAGAAACAUUGAGGGCCUGUUGGAGAGAGGGGAACGCAUCGACCUGCUUGUCGACAAGACUGAUCGCCUGGGCGGGUCAGCAAGGGAGUUUCGCGUGAGGAGCAGGGGGCUGAAGAGGAGGAUGUGGUGGAAGAAUGUGAAGCUGAUGGGGCUGUUGGGGUUGGUUUUGAUGUUGAUUAUUGUGACGGUGGUGGUGAGUGUGAAGAAUAAUCUUCCUUAG